AUGUUUUCUGCAUGAUAUACUAUUGAAAUGGAGCUUACAAACCAAACACCUGUCUUCAAAUUCUUUCUUGUGGGACUGACAGAUGAUCCAAACCUACAGCCCCUCAUCUUCAGCCUGUUCCUGUCUAUCUACCUGAUAACCAUCUUGGGAAACCUGCUCAUAAUGCUGACGGUCAGCUCUGACUCCCACCUCCACACACCCAUGUACUUCUUCCUCUCCAACCUGUCGUUCACUGACAUCUGUAUAAGCACAACCACGAUCCCAAAGAUGUUGGUGAACAUCCAAACACAGGAUCAGCGAAUCAGUUACACAGGCUGUGUCUCCCAGAUUAGCUUUGUGUUGAUUUUUGGUGGUUUGGAAAAUUGUCUCCUUGCAGUGAUGGCCUAUGACCGCUAUGUGGCCAUUUGCCACCCUCUGACGUACACAGUCAUCAUGAACCUGCUACACUGUGUCUCGCUGGUUCUGCUCUCCCUGAUCAUGACUACUGUGAAUGCUCUGCCUCACAGUCUGAUGGUGCUGCGGCUGUCCUUCUGCACAGACCUGGAAAUCUCCCACUUCUUCUGCGAGCUUGCUCAGGUCAUAAAACUCUCUUGCUCUGACACCCUCAUUAAUUUUCUGCUGAUGAAUUUAGGGACUAGCAUAUUUGCUGGGAUUUCUUUAUGUGGGAUUAUUUUUUCUUAUACUCAAAUUAUCUCUUCUAUUCUGAGGAUUCCUUCUGUGAGUGGAAGAUAUAAAGCCUUUUCCACCUGUGGGUCUCACUUCUUAGUCGUGUCUUUAUUCUAUGGGACAGGUUUAGGUGUGUAUUUGAGUUCUGCAGUUAAAGGCUCUUCCGUUAAGAAUAUAGUGUCUUCAAUGAUGUACAUUGUGAUUCCUCAAAUGCUGAACCCCUUUAUCUACAGUUUGAGGAAUAAGGAAAUGAGGGAAUCCUUGACACAUCUCCUCACUAGAUUAACUUACAGCAUAUUAGUCAGUUGUUGCUUUUAUUUUUAUUCAGGGCGUAGGGCUCAGGUCAAGCAGUUUCCAUCAGAUUGUCACCAACUAAGAAAUGCUGGAGGGAGCUUGCUGCAUUCUGGUUCUGGCUUUAUCCAGCCUGACUCCAAAAUGGCUGCCAGCCAAUCACUCUCUCCCAAGGGAGAACUGAACCCUCUGCAUUCACCACCAGCCGUGCAGUCCCUGUGUCUGCUGCUCCUCUCCACCACUGCAACUCUUUGCAGGGACUUCCAGAUUUCCAGGCACCACAGUCACCAUGACCCUACAUUCCCAGUUUCCAACAAGUCCUCUCACACAGCAAGAUUGGCACUGGGUCAAGGUGCUACCUUCUACUCCCUUGUUAUCAAUUUUUCUUUUUUACUCUCUCUAUGGGCUUCAGUUAUCACUUUAGAUUCUUCAUUGGUCCAAGAGACUCUCUUCCUUCCUUAUUGUCAUCCUCAUGAUGCUAUAUUCCAGUAUCUGGAUUAUUUCAGAGAAGCUGUUUACCCUGCUGCUUACUGCUCCACCAUCUUCCUGGAAAUGUCAUAA